AUGCGGCUCAUUCGGGUGUGGUUUGUUGUACACCUGAGUCUAACCGUACCGUCGGUAGUACACAUGUUCGGUGAACUUCUGGACACGGCGAAAGUGUGUCUGUAUAUGCAGUGCACGAAGGAAGGUUCAAAGCUGACGCUACUGUUUAACGAAACCAUGUGGAAAGCAUUCACUCCGCAGCCAAACAGUGCUUUCGAUUUUAGCAGCUUUAACUGGUCCGAGCUGGAUAGCUUGGUGCAAGAGAAUCAAACGUUUGAGGUUGUGUUUAAUCGACUCGUCAUUCCCCAUAUCGAUAAAUUGCAAGGUCAUGAAAGUGUUACGACCUUAAACCUGGAGAACAACUGCAUUAGCACAAUUGAGGUGGAAGCUUUUGAGAAUUUCAUAAACUUGAUAACACUCUCUUUGCGCGGGAAUAUGAUAACGCAAGUGCACGACUUUGUCGACUACCCCAACAACCUGCAGCACCUGGAUUUGUCAAACAACUCGAUUAAAGACAUCGUGCGUUUGAAAACGUUUACAUUGCCGCACUUGAGACACCUAAAUCUAUCGCACAACCGUAUCGAAUCGAUACGCACUGAGCUGUCCAAGCUGGAGGCACUGGAAACGCUCGACUUAUCCCAUAACGCGAUCAAACGGGGAGAAAAACCCAUCGUGCUGCCGCCAAAUGUUCGUCAACUGUUGCUGCAGCACAAUGAGCUGACCACGUGGCCGUUCGAAUCCGUGCCGGAAACAUUAACGGAGCUUUCUCUGCGUUUCAAUCAGAUCGAUCAGAUAGCUAGGCAGACAACAAACGUACGGAGUCUUGAUCUGUCCAGUAACAGACUAGCGAUUUUUCCGGGUGAAUAUUUUCCGUUGCUCGAAGAAUUGGAUUUAUCGAGCAAUUAUUUCGAAGAAUUUCCUCGCUUUGGUAACCAAACGAAGUCCAUCGGCAAAAUUUCCUUUAACCGAAUGCCAAAUUUAAGAUCCAUCGGCAGGAGUACCUUUGCAGCAAUAGCAGACAAUCUUCAGGAGCUUGAAAUUUCCUUCUGUCCACGAUUGGCCACCAUCGAGCCCAACACAUUCAUCGAUCUGAAAGCAUUAAACAGACUUGAUCUCAGCUAUAACGCACUGCAGCAAGUGCCGGAAAAUAUGGCCCACUGGCAGCAGAUUGAGCACGGUGUGGAUCUGCAGGGCAAUCCGAUCAACUGUAACUGCUCGAUGCAGUGGCUGGCCGACAGAGUGAUUCCGGCGAUGCAUUCCCGGCCGGAACUGCAUAAACUCUUCCCAAUGCUGCGCUGUGCCCAACCACCAAUGUACCAAAACUACCUUAUCGUUCAUCUAACCGUGCACGACAAUUUGAUGUGCCGAAAGUAUCGCGAGAUGGACCUACCCGGCAUGGAAACGGUUGUCCAGGCGAUGAAAGAACAUCGGCAGAUGCAGGUUGUGUGGGCGCAAAAAAUCAUACUGUCCUGUCUAAUAGUGGGUAUUAUCCUAAUGGGUUGCUAUUUAGCUUAUCUGAAGCAUAAAUAUCCGCGACACAGGAUAAGACCGUUAUACUAUAAAUGA